UUGGUUUCGUCCGCGUCUGCCUCGCAUCAAACGCACAUGUUGUGUUGUGUCAGGGGUUCUCUGCUGUUUCUGCAUUCAUUGAAACAGCGCGUGCUGUCACGCACUUGCUUGAUCCACGCAGUCCACGGUUACAGUGAGAUAACCCCCACAGUGAGUGUAAAACACUUUAACCCACUGGUUUAGUUGGAAACACGUGUUCCAGGGAGGAGCACGCGCCCCGGCGUGUCUACACUGCUGCUGUGUAACUUCGCCGGACUGAAGGUUUUGAGGCUUGCAUCAUGAGCUCCAAGGUGUGCAAGAACUGUGGCAGCUCGAACAUCGAUGUCGACCAGGCGCGUGGCGACGCCGUCUGCAUGGGCUGCGGCACCGUGCUGGAGGACAACAUCAUCGUCUCCGAGGUGGAGUUCGUGGAGACGGGAGGUGGAGGCUCCCUGGCUGUGGGACAGUUUGUGUCAUCAGAAGGUGGUCCCAGGCAUCCAUCUUUUGGGGAUGGGCACUUCACGGGCAUGGCAUCAGAGUCCCGGGCUAAGACACUGCAGAGAGCUAAACAGCAGAUCAACACUCUGGGCCACCAGCUGCAGAUGAACCAGCACUGUUUGGACACGGCCCACAACUUCUACAAGAUGGCGCUCAUGAAACACCUGACCCGCGGUCGCAAGUCCUCCCACAUCAUGGCUGCCUGCAUCUACAUGGUCUGUCGCACUGAGGGAACGCCACACAUGCUGCUGGAUCUCAGUGACAUUUUGCAGGUGAACGUCUACGUCCUGGGAAAGACUUUUCUCCUGCUGGCCCGGGAACUUUGCAUCAAUGCUCCAGCUAUAGACCCGUGUUUAUACAUUCCCCGCUUCGCCCAGCUGCUGGAGUUUGGUGAGAAGAACCAUGAGGUCUGCAUGACGGCGAUGCGACUGGUGCAGAGGAUGAAGAGGGACUGGAUGCACACAGGAAGAAGGCCGUCAGGACUCUGUGGAGCAGCUCUGCUCGUUGCUGCUCGUCUACACGACUUUCGCCGCACCGUUAAAGAAGUCAUCAGUGUUGUAAAAGUGUGUGAAAACACACUGAAAAGAAGACUGUCAGAGUUUGAGGAGACACCCACUAGCCAGCUGACCAUCGAGGAGUUCAUGAAGGUAGACCUGGACCAGGAGUGUGACCCACCCUGCUUCACAGCCGGCCUUCGGAAGAAGAAAGCCCAACAGCUGGAAAUGGAGCUGAAGAAAAAGAUGGAUGAAGUUGAAGAUGAAAUACAAGAGUACCAGGAUGAAAUCGAUGCAGAGCUGGAGAGCAGCAGACCCAAACUAAGAGGAAUUUAUGCUGCCUACGCUAAAGAAGACAUUAAAGACGAUGACAUUAACUCAACAUCGUCUAAGCUGGCAGACGAUGAGGUGUCGGAUGAAGAUGACGAGCUUCAGGCCGUGGCCAAGCACUUUGGCAAAGAACUGGAUGAACUCACCGUAGAGGCGUUGAUAAAACUAGAGAAGAAGCAACCAGAGGAGGAGGAUGUCCCAAAGCGAAAAGCCCCAUCGCUGGCUUCCAUACUGGGAACAAUGCCCUCAUCAGCCACUCUGGGACUACCAGAGUCCAUCAGCAACUGUGUUGGAGACGGAAAAGAGAAUGAUGGCGCCGCCGACAGCGGGGAGCUGGACCUGAGCGGGAUAGAUGACAGCGAGAUCGAGCUGUAUCUGCUGAGUGACAACGAAAUCAAAAUCAAGACUGCGCUCUGGAUGGCAGAAAACUCCGACUACCUCAAAGAGCAGAAAGAAAAGGAAGCAAAGAUAGCGAAGGAGAAGGAGCUCGGGAUCUACAAAGAGAAGAAGCGGCGAGCCCCCGGAAAGAGACGCCCCCCGAUCAGAGCCAACAACGCUGAAGAAGCCAUUGAGAAGAUGUUGGAGCAGAAGAAAAUCUCUUGUAAGAUAAACUACGAUGUGCUGAAGGAUCUCAACAUCAAGCCUGCCGCCAGUCCGGCUUGUAAGGUCAAGUCCCCGAAGAAGGAGCCAUCUGACGCCAAGCUGCCAGGACGCAGCCGUAGACCUGCCCCGGCCCCCCUGAGCCUCAGCACCCCGCUCAGCUCGCUGGGAAAAAGAUUGCAGCCGUUCAUCACCAGACAGCCCAACAAGAAGCUGGCUGUGGAGCAGACCUCCACCCCCCUGCCGACGCCCGUCCAAGCCCCCGCCAGCGGAGUGGUGGUGGAGAGUGGGCCGGUUGUCUAUGAUGAUGGUGAUGAGGAAGAGGAGGAGGAGGAGGAGACCUGUGUCAGUGCCAUGGAGCUGCUGGGAGGCAACGAUUACGGCUCUGAUGGAGAUUACGAUGAUGGAUUCUAGCAGCAGGGUUUUUAUUCCCAGCUAUUACAGACUAUUCUGAAUCCCAAGUGUAUGAAAUGUUUACGGCCGGGGAUGAACAAGAACACUGGCUGCUGCUACAGACUGGGUUCCAGUCGGGAAUGAAUGCUUGUGGAAAUCAACUCCUCCUGAACGGACUUGCUGCUCGGACGUUGGCAGAGAUGAUGGCGGUGGUGGUGUGGAAGUGACUGGAAAUGAGUGGUGCAGUGCAGGUCGCUGGCAGACUAUGCUGAUCAUGGAUGAUACACCCAGUCAGGGUUCCAGUGUGCACUGGUUUGGUUUGUAAAUGAGAAGAAAUGUCAGAUUUGGUCCAUAAAUAUAGAAUAUGUCUUUAAUCCAAGACCCAUCUUAAAGUGACCAGGAAAGUCCCCGACUGCUUUGGACACCUGAAGUUUAAGUUAUUCACUGGCUCAACAUCAACAGCGAGACCAUCUGCAUCUAUUUCCACUUCAGAUUUUAUUUAAGCCUUCAGGACUCAGAGACAUGUUGUCACCUCGCUCAAAUCUUAUUAUAAUGUCACAGUCAAGUUCUUUCAGACAUUAAGAUGAUCAGAUUUAGUUGUCUUUUGUUUUGGAAAUGUUCCUCUGAUUAACUUCUUAGAUCCUCUAAUUUCAGUUUAAUGUUGUUGUAAAUGUCCUAUUAAAGGGCACAGAGAGCUGAAAAUGGCUAUUUAUGAACAAUAUGUAGAGUAUUAUAUUUCUCAAAUGAAUGAGGAGAUGAGUUGGAGAUGUACUUUUGAUGCUUUUGUUGGGGAAAGAGGGUGGAGAGGAUCUGCUGGAUUCAUUCAGCAGUAUUUAAUGAGGUGUUUCAGGUCAUCUUGACCAACUCUACUGCUGUUAGAAGUCAUGAAGUUACGUCUGCAUUAACAUUGUGUGCCUUUGCUGCUACAGUAAAGCUUUCACUACCAGGA